GUUUCACGCAUCGCGGGCUCUCCCCCUGCGGAGUCUCUGCGUCUCCGCGCCGCGCUGUCCCUCUCUGGCCACCGCACGACGGGCGCAGAAAUCUGGGCCCCAGAGCUGCGCUGAGAGAUCCCCCGACGCUUCCCCAGCCCCCCAGGGAGGCCUUCGCGGAGUCGGGGCGUCGCGGGUCGGGGCGCUCGCUGUGUCCCUUCAGCUCCAGACUGCGUGAAGCUCCUCCAGCAGGCCCCAGCGCCCAGGGAUUUUGUCCUAAAAAAGGGUCAUGGAGUGGGUGGAUUGCGGGCGGCUCGGCGCUUUUUCUGCAUACGGAUUUCGUCCCAAAUUUGCUAACAUGAGAACCACAGUUUUUCAGAAGAGCAGAAUGUUUAUUUGCCAAGACCUGUUUGGCAGGUGUGAAUGUUUUAGAGAAGAAAUGCCGAGAAAAUGCUGGCAUUUUGCGUUGCGGGUUUUUUUUUAAUUGAGAAAUAGGUUACUGGCUUACUUUGUUUCUCCAGAAUAUUUUCACUUGGCUUUAAUUUAAGUCAUGUGGCUUUAAUUUCCUUCCAGAUUAUGCGUUCAGAUGUGGCAAAGGCUUGAGAGAGUCAUUAUCUCUUAAUCGUAGCGGUUUUGAUUAUCUUUUUUCCCACAUCAUAUUUUUCUUUCUUUCUUUUUAAAUCACAGCUUUACGUUUUUAAGAGUCUAUCUGGUUCAUUGAUUGAUUCAACAAAUAUUUAUUAAGUGUCUAAUAUGUGCCAGGCAUAGUUGCUGGGGAUGCAGCAGGAAACAACGCAGAAUUUUUGGCCUUCUUGGAAAUGGGCAGUAAGCAGAAGUAAGCUGUGUUUUGGGUUUGGUGGUAAAUGCUAAGGAGAAAAGAUAAGGGGAGGGAAGUGAUGAGGGAGUGUUAGCGGGUGAGGGUUGCAAUUUGGAAUGGAGUGUCCAGGUUAAGUCUUUGAGAGAAGGUAACAUUUAAGAAAGGACUUCAAGGAUAGGAGUCUGGGAGUAAGAGUAGGGGUCUGAUUCAGGCAGAGGGAAAAGAGCCAUGACUGGAGCAUGCAAGAUUAAUAGAGGAACAGCAGGGAAGCAGUGUGGCUGAAAUUCACAGUAGGGGAAGGUGGGAAAUGACGUCGGAGAGGUGAAGGUUCUCACAUGGACUUUGGAUUUCAUUGGCAGAUUUUGAACAGAAGGAUGACUUCAUAUGGCGUACAUUUUAAAAAGAUAACUCGGAUUGCUCCUUUUGAGGCUGAAAGGAGAGAAAAAAUGGAAGCAGAGAGACUACUUAGGAAAUUGUGUUAGUCUUCCAUUGCUCCUGUAACAAAUUUCAGCAACUUUGUUGGUUAAUAAUACAAAUUCACCGUCUUUUAGUUUGUACAUCAGACUAGGUCUGUAAAUCUGUAAAUAUCUCCAGGCUAAAACCAAAGUCAGUAGGGCUGUGUUCCUUCUGGAGGUACUAGGGGAGAGUACAUUUAUUUCCUUGGCUUUUCCACCUCAUGAAGCCUGCCUGAAUUCCUUGGCUCCUGACUGCUUCCUUCAUCUUCACAGCCAGCAAAGGAGCAUCUUCCAAUUACACCUUCUGUCCUCUCCAGCACUCCUGUGUCUCUCUUAUAAAGACACUUGUGAUUACAUUGGGCCCACCUAGAUAAUUCAGGAUAAUAUCUUCAUAUGGAAGUUCUUAAUUUAAUCACCCCCGCAAAAUUCUUGUAUGAGUAUGUAAAGUAACAUAUUCACAGGUUUGGGGGAUUACGAUGUCUUUGAGAGACCAGGUGAGAGAACAUGGUGCCUCACCCAGACCACUUCAGUAGUGAUGAAAAUGCCUCAAGUUGGAGAGAGGAAGUUGUAUUUAUUCUCUAGCAAUGUUAUUGAUUAGCCUGGAAAGUAAAGCAAUAAGUAUUUAAGACUGCCCUGAAUCUUGCCUAUUAAGCACGUUCUCUUAGUAAUUUACAUCAGACGGAGUCUAGCUCUUUCACCCAGGCUGGAGUGAAGUGGCGCAAUCUCAGCUCAGUGCAACCUCCGCCCCCUGGGUUCAAGUGAUUCUCCUGCCUCAGCCUCCCCAGUAGCUGGGAUUACAGUGAUAUCCUGAGAGAAGAUGGGAAAGGGCUGCAAGGUUGUGGUUUGUGGAUUGUUAUCUGUGGGGAAAACUGCAAUUUUGGAGCAGCUCCUUUAUGGAAAUCAUACUAUUGGAAUGGAAGAUUGCGAAACAAUGGAAGAUGUAUACAUGGCUUCAGUAGAAACAGACCGAGGAGUAAAAGAACAGUUACAUCUUUAUGACACCAGAGGUCUACAGGAAGGCGUGGAGCUGCCAAAGCAUUAUUUUUCAUUUGCUGAUGGCUUCGUUCUUGUGUACAGUGUGAAUAACCUUGAAUCCUUUCAAAGAGUGGAGCUUCUGAAGAAAGAAAUCGAUAAGUUCAAAGACAAAAAAGAGGCAACAAUUGUUGUAUUAGGAAACAAAAUCGACCUUUCUGAGCAGAGACAAGUGGACGCUGAAGUGGCACAGCAGUGGGCAAAAAGUGAGAAAGUAAGACUGUGGGAGGUGACUGUUACAGAUCGGAAAACUCUGAUUGAACCAUUCACUUUAUUAGCCAGUAAACUUUCUCAACCCCAGAGCAAAUCAAGCUUUCCUUUGCCUGGGAGGAAAAACAAAGGGAACUCUAAUUCUGAGAACUAAAAAUCAGUAAUUGCCACAAUUGUAUGUUGAAUAGUGAUUGCCUUUAAGUGUCUGUGAACAUGGAGUAAUAUUACUAUUUAAAAUAGGCCAUUUGUAUCUACCUUUGGUCCUUAGGAAAAUUCCUAAGGAAGUCAUUUAAUGCACUUCAGAUGUUAAAAGUAUUUGGGCUAAGGUUAUUAUUGCCUGAUAUGAAAUAAUAUAUUCUUAUUCUCAUUGUUUGAAACCUGUCUUUGAAAUUAGCACCUUUGUUAUUUAUGUUGUACUUGUGAAAACAGUAAAAUAGUUUGGAUAGUUAUGCAAAUGCACCUAUGUGUAACUUCCCAACCCCAAGCUGUUUCGGAAGAUAUCAUAAUCAUUCUGUGUAACAUUAUGCAAACUUCUAAGCCCAAACAUGACUUUGUUUUUAAAAAGUUCAUUAAUCUAAUGUCUAGGAUUAUAAAACAACUUUUUUUUGUGUCUAAAUUGGACCCAAAGCAUUCAACAGUUGGGGGUAGUAAGCUAAAUUUCAUCUUGUGGAGAUUUUGCUAAACAGACUAAUAAGACCCAUGAUUUAGCUUUGCUCAAAUUAGAAUGUUUAGCAUGAGUUGAGGUACCAGGUAGUGUUAAGUAGGUUCAUCACGCUCUAAGGCCGUUUUUUCCUUAGCCAGACCCCUGUUGAUAGACCAGAUACUUGAGGGCAAACUGUUUGCUCCUCCUCUUGAAAAUGAUUAGGCACUUAAGGACAGUAAAGCUGUAUUUUCUGGAAGGAAGACUGUAUCUUCUGGAAUAGUUUUCUAGAAAACUAGUCAUAUACAAUAAAAGUAUCAAAAAUACUGGGCUCUAAUUUGAUCUGACUUAGAUGUCUGAGUUUGUGUUGUUUCUCUAAAGAUUUUGGCAAGACUCAAGCAAUGUGGCUGACUGUAACUUUAUUAAUUUAAAAGGUAGGAAGUAAGUUACUUAGUGGUUUCACCUGUGAAAUAACUAUUUUGACUGAAAUGUAAAAUAAGCUAUUCAACAAAGAAAGAACAUAUUAAAACAUCAAGUAAUUUGUAACAUCUUAAA